AGACAGUCAAGUCAAGAUGAGUCUGAAGAACCUGCUAGCCCUGGUGGUGGCCACAGCUGUGUUGGCUUUGGCUACAUCCGCCGUCCUUGACCCGGACUUCUCCAAGGUCAACUCAGUUCAGGAUGACCUUCUUGAAAAGCACCCUGAAAACUCCGCCUACCUCAGCGAUGGCGAUGACUUUGAUGAUGACGAUGAAGCAGAAGACGACAUUGACCCCAGAACAAAACUGGACGGAAUCACCCUGAAAGAUUUGAGCCCUGAGGAGCUGCAUCUUCUGCUUGAAGAUGAGGACAACAUGGUGGUCUCCGAACUGGACAUCAUCGUGCUGAGGAACAAGGUUCUGGAACGGACGUCCACCCUAGAAGAGGCCGAGUCCGAGACGGGAGCUGAAGACGAAAGCAACACCAACAACGAUGGCGAGGAGAAUGAGGUUGAGGGUGAGGGGGGCCUGUUCAGAAGGAAGAGGUGGGGCCUCGUAGCCAGAGCAGCCGCCCGCGCGCUGUUUCGAGGCGCGUCCCGAGGCAGACUGACCAGCAGCGGCAGCCGACUCACCCGCCAGUACACCAGACGCGGAUCCUUCAACGACGCUGUCAGAGACUUCAACCGCUUUAACCCCUCCAGGCAGUCUUCCUUCAACGGGCGGGUCAGUGGCAGAACGGGUCAGGUCGGCAACCACAGGGUCACUGUCCGGGAUGGAAGCAGCAGUGGCAGACCCACCCUGGAGAUCCGGUCCCCUCGCCCUGACGGAUCCAGUUUCGUGAGGAAGUUCAGAUACCAGCAGUAAAGCGAUUGCCAUUCGAUUUUAUAAACCGAUUUUUUUUCCUACGCAAAAAUUUGAUUAUUUUACACACAACAACAUAUCUUAACUGACUCCUGAAGCUGAAACAUUGAACUUUUUUCCUAACACUACUUGUCUAAUCCUUUAUUGCUUUGGGCAAAGAGGUCCAACAAAUGUGAUACGAGCUGUGAAGCUUUAGAAAUCGACGUCGAUCAAACAAUUCAAAAACAAUUUGUCAGUUUCAAACAGAGCUCAUAACUAGAUUCUAAAGCAUUCGUAUUACUGAAUGUUACGUUGACUUUUUCCACUCUCUCCUUGUCUGACCCUUCUUUGAUUGGAUGAAAGAGAUCCUUGAAAUUUGAAACGACAUGCGAACAGUCAAACAACUGACCUUCGACUCUUUAAAAAAAAAUGUCUUGUACAUUGUAUGAUAUCCAACAGGAAGGAAGCGACUACUGUACUUAACUGCUGAAACUAAAGCAUUAGUAUGACUGAUUAUGAUGUUCUUCGACUGAGUCUUCAUUGUUCUGGAUUAAUUUCUUCUCCGGGAAAUCUGACUCCGAAUGCAUGCUUUUUCCCCUUCAUAUCGUCAGCUUUUGUUGAUCAGUUAUUGAUUAUCGAUGAAUCCUGCCCAAGUUCUAGUCAUUCCGAUUGUUUCUGGAAAUACGUGUAUUAUUGAUUUCGUUAUAUUUUGAGAGAUUUGAUGUCAUAUCAUACAUAAUAAAUGUUAUGUCUUCAUACUAGUCAAGUCAAUUUGAUAACUUUAUGUUACGGUACUUGAAUGUUUCAGAACCUCCCCCCCCCCAAUCCCCCCGAACAAAGAAAAAAGCAAAACAAAAAACCCCACCAAAAAACCCCAAACCCAACUUCUUUUUGUGUACAUUUCUCUUCUAUCCUCUGCUAAGCUUCGCGUUCUAUAAUUUGAAUAAACCGGUAAUCAAAUUUGCUGUUAUGAAGGAAACUUGUGUUAAAGAAACAACAUUUUUAAAAUACACUACAAAGUAAAUCUUACUGACAAGUUCAUUUCAGUAGACUAAUAAUAAAAAUGCAUUUUUUUUUUUGCAUUUUAAGAUCAAAUGACCCGAGCCCAGCCGUGCAGUGAACUGCAAAUGAAAAACUAACUUGUGUUUCGCGCCCUCAUAUGACCUUAUGCAGUUGCGAGCGCCGUAAAACUCCUUACUAAACUAACUAGACUAAUAAUAAUAUUAUUUGACUGGACGUGAAGUUGUGCUCGGCUAACUCCACACAUACUUUUUAUUGCAUAAACAUGCGGGCGCCGAUUUCGAUUUCGCUUAGCCAAGUAACAGAUUAUACAUUAUGUAGCUUUGCGAUGAACUUGAAAUCCACAACGGAACUGAUUAAUGCUAUCAAUAUUCAGACUACAUGUAAAAUUAUUAUAAUACAUUCUCUGAACUGUUGAAAAAUGGGGGAAAAGGAAUACAAUAUGAACGCUUGAAAAUGA